AUGCCUAACGAAGUCAAGGAUAUCACUACUCGCGACGAGGAUUCAUUCCCAUAUGUCUUUGAGCAGAAUGUCUCCAUCAAUCUCAAGGACGAAUCAGGCAUUGUCCGCGCAAAUGUCUACCGUCCCAAAACAUCAACUCCAGUGCCUGUGAUUGUCACCUACGGUCCAUACGGCAAGGAUAUCCCCUACAAGGAUUUCCACCCUGACAGUUUCAGCGAGGUAAACCCCAAACAAAAAUCAGAACACUCGUCUUGGGAAACUCCAGACCCGAAGUACUGGACAAGCCAAGGCUAUGCUGUUGUGCGUGCCGACGAGCGCGGAACAGGCCAAUCGAUCGGAAAGCUCGAUACCAUGUCUCGGGGUACAAGCGAGGCUUUCUUCGAUGUUGUGGAGUGGGCCGCUGAGCAGACCUGGUCCAAUGGCAAGGUAGGCCUGCUGGGCAUUUCCUACUACGCUGGAAGUCAAUGGCGAGUUGCAGCGCGUCAGCCAAAGGGUCUCGCUUGUAUUAUUCCUUGGGAGGGAAUGUCGGACUAUUACCGGGAUCGGUGUCGCCAUGGCGGAAUCCUGUCAAGCAAGUUUAUCAAGUUCUGGUGGGAUCGUCAGGUUGUCAGCAACCAGUACGGACUUGGUGGUCGUGCGGCUAGGAACUGGGGUCCUGACACCAUUGAAGGUGACUUGAGUGAGGAGGAACUGGUGCAGAAUCGACAGGAUCAGAAUAUCGAUAAUGUCGAGAACCAGUACCGAGAUGAUCUGUACUAUGCUUCGAAGGAGUAUAGCAUGUCUGAUAUCAAGGUUCCAUUGCUGUCUGUUGCAAACUGGGGUGGUAUCUUGCUUCAUCUUCGUGGAAAUGUGGAGGGUUAUACUCAAGCCGGCUCGGAGUUGAAGUACCUCCGUUUCGUCACCGGUCGUCACGAUCUUCCCUUCUACUACAGCGAGGAAGUCGAGCUACAGCGCAGUUUCCUCGAUGCCUUCCUUAAGGGUGAGGACCGUGUUGGCUGGUCGACCGGCAAGGCACCGAAGGUUGAUAUCGUCCUCCGAAAGGGUGAUGUCGGCUUCAACAAUGCCGAAGCCGAGAAGCAGUACACUCGUCGCACGGAGCACGAGUGGCCGAUCGCCCGUACCCAGUACACAAGGUACUACCUCACCUCCCAGCGGGAGCUCCUCACCCACGCCCCCGUCGAACGGCCCGUCAAGAUCUCAUACGAAGCCCUUGGCACGUUGGACUCGCCUCAACUGAUCCAAUUCACCACACCCGCAUUCGAGAAAGAGACCGAGAUUACAGGCCACAUCGUGGCACACCUCAACGUCUCCAUGAGCGCGAAUCCCGGCGCACCUACCCCACAAGAUAUUGACCUCUUCAUCACAAUGCGUCAUAUCUCAGCAGCUGGAAAGGAGGUAUUCUAUACCGGUACCGCAGGUGAUCCGGUUCCCCUGUGCAAGGGCUGGUUGCGUGUUAGUAUGCGCAAGGUGAACAAGAAACAUGUGCGGAAUCGGCCUUACCUUCCUCACCGCGAUUACUACUCCACUGAUGUCCGGCCUGUUAUUCCUGGUGAGGUUUACCCCGUUGAUGUGGAGAUCUGGCCUACCAAUGUUGUUGUGGAAAAGGGUGCCAAGAUCGUCUUGGAGAUUGCUAGUGGGGAUACUCAGGGUAGUGGCAUGUUCCAGCAUAACUCACCUAUUGAUCGGUCUGUGGAAAAGUUCCAGGGUCAAAAUCAUAUCCACUUCGGAUUGGGCGACAACUACGUUACUUUGCCUAUUAUUCCUUGA